AUGUUCGAUAAAUUAUUAGCAACAAGUCCUCUCCUACUUGAACCCGAUUGGGAAUCAAUUCUUCAACUUUGUGAUAUUGUUAAAACACAAGAAGUGACACCUAAAUAUACAAUACAAUCAAUCAAGAAAAAACUUCGUCAUGAAAAUGCACAUGUUAUUCUCAAUUCACUUCAAUGUUUAGAAUCUAUUGUUAAAAAUUGUGGUGGAUCAAUUCAUAAAGAAGUUGCAGAAAAAGAUGUGAUGGAUGCAUUAAAAGAAUUAGCUAAAAAUGGUCCAGAACAAAUUCGUGAUAAAGUACUUCAGUUAAUUCAAUGUUGGUCUUAUGGUCUUGGUCAACAACAUAAAAUUUUUACAGAUACAUAUAAUUUAAUGAAACUUGAAAAUUAUCAGUUUCCACCAUUAAAAGAAAGUGAAGCUAUGUUUGAAAAUGAUGAUGUAGCACCGGAAUGGCGUGAUGAUAAAGAAUGUUUUCGUUGUCGACAAAUUUUUACUACAUUUAUACGGAAACAUCAUUGUCGAGCAUGUGGAGAUAUUUUUUGUGAUAAAUGUUCAUCAAAAUGUUGUCCUAUUCAAAAAUUUGGUAUUGAUCGUGAUGUACGUGUUUGUGAUUUAUGUUAUGAAAAAUUAACAACUGGAGUACCAUUAACUUCAAAACCUGCUUCAUUAUCAAAACCAACACCAACACCAACAACUACUCCCAAUCAAACAAAAACACAAGCUGAAAUCGAUGAAGAAGAAUCUUUUCAACUUGCAUUAGCUAUUUCACAAAGUGAAGCUGAGGAAAAAGAACGUCAAAAGAAAGUAUUAACUCAAAAAUAUGCAAUGUCAACUUCAGUUUCUAUACCAACAAAUAUUUCUGAAAAUGAUAAUCAAUAUACUGAAUUAAAUAAAUAUAUCGAACAAGGACAACAACAACAACAAAAUAUUCAAAAUGAAAUAAUAUCACAAAUAUCAGAACAAACAAAUAAUUUUAUAAGUGAUCAAGAAAUCGAUCAAUUUACAAGUCUUGUUACUGAUCAUAUAAAUAAUUUCAAAUUUCGUAUGUUAAGUAAUCAACAACGUAAUCGAAAUAUUACAAAUGACACAGCUGUACAAUCAGUUUUUGUUAUGUUACAACAUUUACAUCCUGAACUUCAUCGUUUUAUGCAAUUAUUAGACGAUAAACGAGCUCAUUAUGAAAAUUUACAAGAUAAAUUAACUCAAUUAAAAGAUGCUCGAGAAGCAUUAAAUGCUUUACGUACAGACCAUUAUGAAAGAAAACAACAAGAAGCUUUAGAACGUGAAAGACAACGACAAAUACAAUUAGCACAAAAACUUGAUUUUAUGAGACAAAAGAAACAAGAAUAUCUUGAAUAUCAACGACAAGUACAUCUUCAACAUUUAGCUCAACAAGAAUUAGAAAUGAAAACUCGUCUUGAACAACAACGACAAUUAACAUUAGCACGUGAACAACUUUCACAAAAUUCUCAUUUAUCUAUGAUAUCAUAUGAUUAUAGUCAAUUACCUCAUCAACAACCAUAUAUCACUUUACCAUCACAACAAGCCAUACAUCGAACUAGUCAAUAUCCAAUUGUAACAUCUUUUCCUACACAACAAUCUCAAUAUACUUCUAUGAUGACACAAUCAUCACAUACAGAUAUAAAUCUGUUAUCUCAUGUAUCGUCGCCAUUACCAAUUCAACCGAUUUCUUAUCCAAUAAACGUCAAUGCAGAUAAUAAUUAUAUGACUUCUACGGGGCAAAUGUCAUAUAGUCAACAGCAACAAUCAGUUCCUAUUACUAAUCAAAAUAAACCAGAACCUCAAUUGAUCAUUUUUGAUUAA